AUGCCCCACUCACACCACUCGCAUUCCGGCCAGUUCUGCCGACACGCAAAGGACAGCCUCGCCGAGGUAGUGGCGACGGCAUCGAAGCGGGGAUUCAAGGUGUUUGGCCUGAGCGAGCAUGCGCCGCGGUAUCGCGAGGCCGAUCUGUUUCCCGAGGAGGCCGACCUGUCCCCGCAUGACCUGGAGGCGGCGUACACCGACUUCCUCAAUGAAGCCGAGGUACAGAGGGCGGCGCAUCCCGAGAUCAACCUCCUCAUCGGCGUCGAGUGCGACUCUAUCACUAACCUCGAUAUCGCGGGGCUCACCAGGCUCCUGAAGGACGAGCGGAUCGAAUACGUCGUCGGGAGCGUGCAUCACGUCCGUGGAGUUUCGAUUGAUUUCAAUCGUGUUACAUGGCUGCGUUCCCUCCGGGCCGCGCAGCGGGGCGUCGACGAGACGACAAUGGUUCGGAUUGGAAAUAAGGUCAUUCUCAGCCCGAUUGAUGACGACCCAAUUCUUGACGAAGAUUACAAUCCUAGUGAGGAGGACAUGCUCCCCUUCCUGGAGAGUUACCUCGAUGCCCAGAUGGCCAUGAUGGAGGCUCACCAGCCCGAGGUCGUCGGUCACUUUGACCUCUGUCUCCUCUUCGCCCCCGACAUUAGUCUCAAGGCUGUCUGGGAUCGGGUGCAGCGUAAUGUCGCCUAUGCUAUUUCCUAUGGCGCCUUGUUCGAGGCUAAUGCCGCCGCCCUUCGCAAGGGAUGGAAGACCAGUUAUCCCAGUCCCGACGUCCUCCAGCUCAUCCUCUCCCUCGGUGGACGGGUUUGUCUGUCGGACGACUCGCACGGGGUGGCCGCUGUCGGACUCAACUACCUCCCCAUGCGCGAGUAUCUCGUCGCCCAGGGCGUUAAGACUGUGUGGCAUCUCGUAAGGGCUGGACAGGCGCAGGAAGGCGACAAGAAGGUCGGGAAGCGCGGGCGUGUGCUAGCACGCCCUUGUGAGGGGUGGGAAGAGGACGCGUUCUGGGAGACGUUCAAGGCCACCAUGUAG